AGUCGAAUCUUAUCGCGCGUUCUGUUAGCAUCACGUGAAUUUAAAGCUACGCUCAAACGGAAGCAUUUGAAUAUUUUGACAAAUAUAAAAUACGAGUACAAUAUUCUCGGGUAGCAAUUCAUCGGGAAGAGAGAGAGAGAGAGAGAGAGAGAAGGAGAUUUGAAUUUGUUAGUUUUACAAACAAUAGAUCUAAACGUGGUUGUAAAUUUUGAAAGAAAAAAAGACAAAUAAUCGUUGCAUAAUGAUUCGAAGAAGAAUCGACGGUAAAUUCAUUGUUUUUUUCCAUUUAUUUCAUGACUGAUUUUUGAAUAACUUUAUUUUAAAUCGUUUUCGAAAAUAUCGUUAAGAAAUAUUUGACAUUGCAGUAAGCUUGACUUAAAAACAUGAGAAACGUUUGAUGACGUAAGAUCAAAAAAAGAGUUAAAUGACAAUAUCGUUUAGAACGUUUAGAUCGUGUUAAGAGAUCGUCGUUAAAGCUAAAAAUAAAAGGAAGAUAAAGAAGCGAAAGAAGAGGAGCAAAGGAAGUAGAUGGUCGCGGCGCGUAAAAUUUAAACUUGCAAUUAGUGAAAUCAAUCGAAAUCGGUUUGCAAUGGUUUUUUCAUUGAAAAGUGGAGCAAUAUAAAGAUAACCGUUUAUACGGUACUUUCUACCGCGUACUUGUUAUCUUUUACCAGAUGUGAUACUUUCGAAAGGAAGAAUGAAAAAUGAAACGAUAUUUUAUUAGCUUCCAGUCGAAUAGUCCCUUUGUUUUUUUUAACGUCUUAUUAAAAAACAUUUAUUGCAGAUUACUAAGAUAUUGUAUCGAACGAUUAUUUCGUCAAGAAUCUACAAAAUAAAUAGGUUACCAAACGUCCGAAUAUAAAUUGUAUAUUUAAAUGAAAAAACAAAGAGAAACAAAUCGAUAUUUCCGAGACAACGAUGAAUUUUGACUUUGAACGGCGGAUCCGUAUUUAUUUAUCGUUAUUAUCGGUUACAUCUGAUAUAACUCGAUUUAAUCGUGAAUCUCUUUUUUUUAAUUUUCUUUCUCUCUCUCUCUCUCUCUCUCUCUCUCUCUCUCUCUCUGUCGCUCUUUAUUGGAUCGAGAAAAAGCGAAGAACCGACAGUCCGUGAAGAUACGCGUAGCCGUGUGGCACACACAGCACUUCAUAUUCUCGCUUACUUUAAGUACUUACAAAUAUAACUCUAUUGCGAUAGAAAUCGUUAUUUUUUUAUAAAUAUACAUAUGUAUAUUUAUUUUUUUUUACUUUUCAAUGAAUUAUGGUGUUUUCUCGUAACGCAUAAAACGCAUUUAACUAAACGUACCAUCAAUUAAAUAACGUAAAUACAUUUUGACGAGAAUAAUGAUCGUGUCACCGAGCGUAAGUUUAGUAGCAGCCGGAGUGGCUUCUGGCCUUUGCUUUAUCCUCUUCAGUACAUUGCGAAAAGGGAAAGAAGCAGACACUCGAAGAAAAAGGAAAGAGAUCGUCGUUACUGACGACGGUCGUUGCGCUUGCUGUUUCAAACCAUUCUUGAUCGGACGCGGUGUGAGUUGCAACGAUUGUGGCCUCAGAUCCUGCAGAAAAGUUUGUUCCCGUUGGGACUGCGAAGACAACGCCUGGCAUUGUCUCUUCUGCCAUCAGCAAAGGUCGUGGGCGAGAAAGAAGGAAAAGUGGUUCGAAACAUUUGGCGGUACGUUUACAGAAGAGGAAUUACAUCGUUACUUCGAUACGGCUAAAUCUCGUGUCUAUGUCGAAGGAGUUGAAAAUGCAGCUACUGGUUCGGGUUUGGACCUGGCCGCGGGUGGUCAAGAAGACGCGAACACGAUGGAAACCGUUAGAGUCUUUAUAGAAAAAAUCAUCGAAGAUCUGAUUGGCAACGUGGAUGACGCAUCUAUCGCACGUCUCUACGAUCAUCCAGAAUAUGACAGGCUUUUGGCAACGUACAGCGUACAAUUGGCCGAUGCUCUGACACGAUUGGCAGUCUCCGUGCAUCUCAAUAUUUCCAACAAACCUUCGACAGAUUCGCCAACAAUGGCACAUUCGGCACUUCGCGAACUCGUUGGACGAGCCGUAGAAGAGGCCAAAAAAUUACCUGGUCUUUCUGACUCGAGCGCCGAUAAUUCAAGGACACACGAACAGUGUAAUAUUUCGGAGCACAGUUACGAAGAUCUUCUCGCCACUGCGAUAUUGAAUAAAGUCAUAGAAAAAUUUCAAAAAGAACAAGUUGAUGGAAAUAGCAACGUCCUGCACGAAAAGCCUUCAGCUAAAGCGGAAAGUGAAACUGAGUUAGGUCUCGAUGAAGGUGUCGAAGAAGGUAGCAGUAGUUUGGAACCCUUAUCUCAAGACGAAUAUAGCAGCGAUUGCAGUGUACCGCGUGCAAGGCAUUCACGAAAUCGUCAAGAGCCAUUAUCCCUUACGAUAGAGGAACGAAUAGAAGAAGUUACAACUACGUACACAUCCGAUGAGGAUCCUCCGGAAUGUGUGGAAAAUGGUCUACACAUCACAAAUGUUCGUCGUGUGCCAUUUCCGGAGCUUGGUAUGGACAUCAUCGAUCCUUCUCAGGAAUCAUCCGACGAAAGUCAAGACGAAGAGGAUGAAUCAACAGCUCAUGUUGAUCUCGUAGCACCGUUUCAAUCCUGGGAAGAAAAUUGGCUAUUUCAAAAGAAAAGAGUACCGAUUCAAUCGGAUCCCGUUGCCAUGCUCGUACCAAGCUCCAGCGCCGAUUUUAAAGCAUUGAUCGGUGAUAAGGAUGCUGAGGAUACGUCUGAUCUUUCUGAAUGUUCAUCGGCACAAUCCGAUGAAGAAAUCGAAAAGGAACUCUUAGAAGCUAUCAAUAACGUUGUGCCACGAUCGCCGAGAAUAUCAGAAUGCGAAAUUGUUGAAAGCUUGAAUGAAAAUGAAACGAUUGUUCGUAAGGAUAUUCAAGAUUUGUAUUCGUUGCAAAAUCAUUCGGAAUUUAUUGAAACAUCGUUGGAUUAUAAAAAUAAAACUAAUCAAAUGUAUAAUGGCGAUGUUAAAUGCAACGGAAAUGUAAAUAACGGAAAUAACGAGGAUAUUCAGAAAGAUCAAAUACUUUUGAUGAGUUCUUUGAACAACAACAAUAAUAAUAAUAAUAAUAAUAAUAAUAAUAAUAAUAAUAAUAAUAAUAAUAUCGAAAAGGAAAACAUGAAUUAUAAUAUAGAAAUAAAGGAUGAAAAGUUUGAUACAAGAUCGGAAUACAAAGUUGACAAAAAACAUAUAAUAGAUUCGAAGGCUGAAAUACAAAGAACGGAUAUCCAAUUACUUCAGUCUCAAAAGGACACCAUACCGGAUGUGCCAAAGAUAACGACGACUCAGUCAACAAAAUCGUCUAUGUUAGAGAAUAAUCUUGAAGUUAUUACUAACGACGUGGUAGACUUGAAUGAGAAGGACAAUUUCAAAUCUUUAGGCGACAUUCAAAAUAAAAUGAUUGAUCAGUAUAUCAAUGGAGAAGAAGAUAAAACAACGUUGUAUUCGUUAAACGUUUAUUCUAAAGAAGAAGUGCACUUUGAAGAUGGAGCUCAGCAAGAAAGUGAAUAUACUGAACAUUAUGAUACAGCAACACAGAGACAUUUGGAUAGUCUAACGAAAGAUGAUAUUUACGUCUUACAAAAUGACGAAAUAUUUGAAAGUUCGUUAAACGAUAUCAAAUUAACGUCCAAUUUGUCGCCUAAAGAAGAAACAUAUAAGUGUCGAGAAGCUGUAGCAAACGGCAAACUUGAUUCGGUUUCUUAUUCGUCCUUAGAGAAAACAGCCGAAAAAGAUAUACAAUUAUCUACACCACCACGUCCAGGUACAAUCGCUGAAAGAGAACAUAAGAAAUGGGAAAAUGCAGCACCGAUUGAAAAUAAUCCUUACAGUGAGAAGAGCAUUAAAAAAAGACUUUUAGAAAGACAAUAUAGCAGAAGAUCCGCAGAUAUGCCAGGAAUGAACACCGAGUUACCGUUAAGCAAUGGAACUGAUCUUGUUCUAGAACCUAAUGAACCGGAUAUUAAACGAUUUGGCAGAGAUUACUACAUCAAUAAUGCAAAAUCGGCAACCGGUGAGAAGAUACGAAAAUCACCAACAAUCUCUGUAUCGAGCAGACCUGACAGUGCAUUGUCUCAACGUUCAAGUUCAACCACAGGGACUGACCAAGAACAACAGAAUGAAGAAAAUUUCGACAAGGAUAUGGCAUACGAUUCACCCAAAUCGAGAACGGAAAAAUGGCGAAGGAACAAUUCGAAUUCUUCUACGGAAGAAAGCACGAAAGAUGAAUACACCAUGGAAAAGAAGAAAAACGAUGUUUCUCCGAUGAAACGUGAAAAAUCAUGGAACGAUCAAAAAGUAGAAGAUCUUUUGGAAAACGAACGUAAAAACAGUAAAAACGAAAUAAACGCGAGACUGAACAAUCAAGACAACAAUUGUGGGAUCUUUGAAACGCAAAAAUCUUAUAUUCAGAGUGACAAUCAGAAAAUGAUAAGACGAAUCGAUUUAAAGGCUUACGGUUUUGAAAAUGAUUUCGAUUCGAAUAAAAAUGAACAUUUAAAGUCAACGAGACCGCAAAGAGUUGUGAACAAGCUCGAUCUGAAAUUAUUCGGUUACGAUGGUGGGUUGCGUCGUACGCAAUCGCAUAAUCAAAUCAACGGUGUUGAUAUUAAGCCACGGAUUGUUAGGAUGGCAAAGAAAUCAAAUCUCGGUCAUUUCAGGAAUCAUCGUAAUUUUCAUGAUAAAGAUCAUUUUGAAAGACAAUGUUCUGAUGAUCCAAAUCUCACGCAAAGUACUGGAACCCUUAAUGAACUUUGCGAACAAGUUAAUCACAACUUUUUCAAUACGGUGAUGACUUCUGCUAAAUCGGUUCCUAAUAUUGCGAAUAGCGAAUAUUAUGAAGAUACAAAUGGGAAUUGUAAAGACUUCGAUAGCGAGGAAGAGGAUAAGAAAUUGAGAGUUGAUGUUGGGAAUGAUAGUGGCUCGUCGAAUGUUCAUUCAGAAAUAGACGUAGAAGAAAAGGAUCUAUCUACGGAAAAAUUAUCGAAUGGAAAUGACGAAGUGGAUUCUUCCCAAGAGAAAAUAAACUUCAAAAAUAUUGAAGAAAACAAACUUCCUAUGCCAUCGGUCAGAAGAUUGGCCGAAACUUUUAACAAACCAACGAUAAUCGCUCCAACUCCUGCACCACGAACUACAAAAUCUAAUACAGCGCAUAACGAUAGAUGUGUAACACCAGAAUUGCAAAUAAUCGAGACACCCAGGCAGAUGCACAGUUUAACAGCCAGGUCUCUUUCGAAACAAUUUCGGGAAGGUUUACGACAAAUUCCUUACAAAGUAACUUCACCACCGGCUAGUCACGUCACCAUGGAACAAUCUAAUGAUCGGGAAAAUCAAUCGGAAAUAGUACAAGCUAAAAGGGAUGAUUCGUUGAAAGACAUUAACGUAAUAGCCCCGGGUAAGUUAAAAUCUAAUAUUAAAUUUUGGGAACAAAUGCAAAGGCAAAGUUAAAACUUUAUAACGAUGGACUUUGAAAUUGGAUAAAAAGGCACACUAUUACAUCGCCAUGGCGAUGAUUUUUAAUUCGUAACUACAAAAUAAAAACAUAUAUAUAUAUAUAUACGUAAUGUAAUUUUUAAUAAUAUAUACAAUACUAUUUUAUACACUUCUAUUAGAAUUGCGUUUCUCGCAGACCAGUCAUAAUUUUAUAUAAGUAAAAAGCAUGAUGAAGCGUUUUAUUGAAAUGAUAACAAAAAUUAUAUGUUCAUAUUUAUAUAUAUAAAAAAAUAAAACGAAAAAGUUACCGUCCUUACCACGUGCAAGAAUGUGUUAACGGAAUAUACUAAAAAAAAAAAAAAAAAAAAAAAAAAAAGAAAAAAGAAUUAAUUGUGAAGUUACUUCGAGUCAGCCUCUGAUAAUUACUUAUGUGAUUAAAUUUGUGCCAAAUGACAUGAAUAAUAAUAUGUCAUUAGCCAAAGAAGAUAAUAUUGUAAUUAAUUUCUUUUAUAAUUCAUAAAUAUAUAUACACCCUGUUCCAUUUCCAGGAUAAAUUCUCUUUAAUAAAGAGCAUCUUCUUGUAAAUAUUGUUAAACUUUUAAUGUUAAAUAUUAAAUAAUCGUCACUGAUGAA